GACAGUCUUUGUGAAAGGCUUAGUUUCGACAAGAUGUAAUUCACCAGUGUCUCAUCUCAUUUUAAAGUGGGAAAUCUUCAAGAGCUUCGAGACGAAUGAAGCUUUUUUCGUGAUGGCAAAUCCUCCGUGGAACAGGGCACCAAAUUCAAUUUCGUAUGCACGGAAAAGGUAUUUGUUUAUAUGUGUCUCUUUUUGUCUAGCUUUUAAUACGCUAUCCGCGAGUACGCUUUUCUUUUAUAAUUUCUUUGUUUACCUCGAAGAAAGACACCAAGGUUAGAGACAGAAUAACAGUUUUUUUUUCUUUAAUUUUUGUGCUUCCAGUCUUAAACUGUCUAUAUUCGAAGUGAUCUCAUCUUAAAAAAUAACAUUCAAUUGAGCUUACAGGAGGUUUAGCGGAUUAAUACCAAUAAUUGAAUUCUACUUUUAAAAAAGGCUAUAAAUAUAAAUUGAGAAAUGUUGACCUAGCUAAAAUUAAAAAUAUCCUUUCUUAGCUGGAUGAAAAGAUGAGCAAUUAAGUCGCUUCGAUGCUGAAUAAAUUCGGUAGUUGCAGUAUUUUAAUACUAUUAAAAUAGUAACAUUUUCUUAGAAUUCACUCUGGUAGCAUGCAAUCGCUUUCUAUGCCUGAGCGAAUUGUUAUGACUUUUCGGACCCGCACUUUUCUGGCUAUUUCCCCUUAAAAUAUACUGAAGAGAAAACAGCUUUGUUUCAAAAAAAAUCCGUCGAGUGAGAAUGGAAUAGGUUAUUUUGCUAAAGCUUAGUCGUCUCCAAGAUGCGCACUUCAGAACUAUAAAAGAAAAACUCGAGCUACGGAAACCUUCAAUUCAUCAAUCAGUACUAAUUUUGUGUGAGACUCGGUAAUUUUUUAUCGCCAUAGACUGAUUGAGUGUUUUCAACUCAUACGCAUCUCACAUUUAAUAAAACAAAUACAAUAUGGCAGUUUUUUAUUUUAUAUACUUUUGAGAAUUUUUAGUCUUCCGGAUCAGUUCAGUUUCACAUCGAACCAAUCUAUGCGUGUUCGUGGUGUUAUCGAACACAAAAAGUGUUUAGCCAAAAAGCAAGAUACAGGUUUAACUAUAUAUGUACAUGAAGGUGCCGCGAAUGGCGGGUACAUGGUGUUUUGCCCGAGUAUUUUUAACUACCGUAAAAAACACUGUGCUUUCAGAAUCGGAUUCUGUUUCCGGACGCACACAAUGGGAGAAAGGAGCGUUGCAGAAGAACGUUUUUAAUGUUUCUUGUUUGCAUCAACAUCAAGCCUUAUGCGGUCAACGAUUUUCUGCAAAAUGAGUCAAUUUUUUUUGAAGGACUAGCAACGCGAUGAUAGCUGAAUAAACCAAUGCGGUCAACUCUACUUUCCACACUACCUUAAAACGGAAAACAAAAAACUGAAAGGACGAAAAAUGAUACUCCUUUGUUUUAUUAAAGCUGUUUUCCGUUUGAGCGUGUAUGGAGAAAGUUCCACGUUAAGAUCAGUCGGCUAGUUGUGGGGUAGAGUAGCACAUAUAAUGAUGACAACAUUGCAAUGUAGAAGAAGACAGACGAAUAGCCUGAGUUAUAUUUGUGUCGUUACUGCAGUUUUUCUGAUGUUAUUUUGUUCCUAUCCAAAAUGGCCAGAUACUAGGCCGAAGGACUACUUAGAAUUUUAAAAAAUAUUGCUUAUACUCUUCUUAUGUUUUGCAAGUCUCACUCUCUUUACCAUUUACGUCAUUUUUAGUAACAUGGCCAGUACUCUAGUAAAGUUCUUGUAGCUGACAUAAAAGUUUUCUCUUUACUUUCAUGAUACAAUACCCUAUCAACAAACUUCAUUUUCACUUUUUUCACAGUACAACCGAAGAAGGCCAGGCCUAUUUUGGACAUUUCACUCCGAUUUAUCCACAAAUUUGACAUGAUUUGAAUAUUAUAACUGGAAAUGUUGGAGUUCAAUUUUAAGCAUUGCGCCCGAUUGACGAAAUUUCGAAGAAUUUCCAUCCGUUCCAAGAGCGUGAGAGGCGCGUGUAAUGGCACGCGACAUCUCACAUUCUAGUAAGUUGGUAAUUCUGAUCAUGAAUGUAUGAUGUUGGUAAUAAUGUAUCAAUUAACGGUCAGACUCCAACCCAAUGAACGAAUUAUAAAUUUUGGGCAUACACGUUCUCAGCAAUAAUUUUUCCUUGUUAGUUAAUUUCAAAGUAUGUUCCGAAUGUAAUUGCUAAUGGGUCAAAUAUCAGUUUACUUCUCAAAAACUACAUAAAACGUUGAUUUGCAGAAUUCCCCCGUAGUCGCCUGUAACCAAAGAGUAUACAUCGUUUCUCUAAGAGACGCACCGAAAAACCGUGUUUCAUCGUCAAGCUAGGUAACAUUCAGAUCUGCGACACCUUGAUACAUUAUAUCGUGUUUCCAUAAAUGAAAACUUCAAGGCUUUCCACUGAAAUUCACUUUGGUUUUGAAAGACUAAGACUCGCAGUGUGCGCUUUGAAGUCGAACAACUCGUGAAUUUUUUUUAAUGUAUUUAAAUUUUUUAAAUUUAUUUAUCGUUCGUGUUACUCGCGGUAUGAGGGGGCAGUUUUUCAGAUUGUUUAGCUUUUCUCGGGGAUUGUAAUGUAUAAGAAGAUGCAUUAAGGAUAGCGAUAGUGUUAAAUAAAUGAUGAGUUUACAGGUGCCAUUUUUGUUUGAUGCUUUUAGAUGGAAGGGAAAUAUAAAUUGAGAAAAACAAGGAAUAUAUUUAUUAUAAAUAUAAUCUCCCUUUACAUGAUAGUCACGUAUACACUGAGACGAAGUAAUUAUAAGUGUAGAAGUCAAUAAAAGUUACAUCUUGAAAAACGUAAAAAAAAGGAAGAGAAAAAAGUCGACGGAGUUAUUGAAAAUUAAACGAUUUUCCCGGGUAUCCCUUUCACCGCCAAACAAAUCACCGUCUCGAGGGCAACCGGAGUAAGGAACCAAUCAAAAAACACCUUUUAUUGCAAACAAAUAUGGCGGCUUAUCAGACGGACUUAAAUCAUACUGAAGGAGUUUCUAUGCCUUCUUGUGUCGAAAAUUUCUAUUCGAUUCUUUAAAUAGAUCAGCAAAAAGUGAGAUAACUUUAUUUAACAUGGAUUUCAGGUAUGUUUUAUUUCGUAGAUGCAAGAUCCACCUCUUCGUGCGUUGAAUUUUUCAUUGACAAGUCGACUUUCACCUUUAUAUCCUCCACUCUGAAGUCAUACUCUUUUCGUUAAGCUUAUAAUAAUUUAGGUCCCACUGGAAUUAUUGAUUUGCAUUAAUACUUUUCUGAGUAUGAGCCGAGCUGGAGGAUAAAAAGGACCUCGAGAUUUUAAUCCAAUUCUCCUCAUUUUAAAGCUUAUACAUGCAUGUACUCGUCGUUAUAACUAGCUUAAGUUUCAUUUGUUUGAACGUUUUAAACUAUCGAUAGAGGAUAACAUUAAUAGCAGAUUGGUGUGCUACAUAUUUUAGAAGUUACAGCUUUGUCCUAGCAAUGGACUGGGUUGAUAAUGUGGCAUUUAAGCCUAGUCUCAGUGAAUCAUUCUUUGCCGCAUGUAGCAUGACUUUUUGUGUACUAGUAUACAAAAGGAGAUUGUCAGAAAAUUUUGCCCCAGGAGAGAAGUUCUGUCGAUUUACACCAAUAAUUUAAAUUUCCACCAAACUUAUGUGGUAUUUUUCGGUGUCUUGCGAAAAAAUAUACAGAAAGCAACCAAUGUAAGCGUAACAAGAUCCAUNUUUCACCUUUAUAUCCUCCACUCUGAAGUCAUACUCUUUUCGUUAAGCUUAUAAUAAUUUAGGUCCCACUGGAAUUAUUGAUUUGCAUUAAUACUUUUCUGAGUAUGAGCCGAGCUGGAGGAUAAAAAGGACCUCGAGAUUUUAAUCCAAUUCUCCUCAUUUUAAAGCUUAUACAUGCAUGUACUCGUCGUUAUAACUAGCUUAAGUUUCAUUUGUUUGAACGUUUUAAACUAUCGAUAGAGGAUAACAUUAAUAGCAGAUUGGUGUGCUACAUAUUUUAGAAGUUACAGCUUUGUCCUAGCAAUGGACUGGGUUGAUAAUGUGGCAUUUAAGCCUAGUCUCAGUGAAUCAUUCUUUGCCGCAUGUAGCAUGACUUUUUGUGUACUAGUAUACAAAAGGAGAUUGUCAGAAAAUUUUGCCCCAGGAGAGAAGUUCUGUCGAUUUACACCAAUAAUUUAAAUUUCCACCAAACUUAUGUGGUAUUUUUCGGUGUCUUGCGAAAAAAUAUACAGAAAGCAACCAAUGUAAGCGUAACAAGAUCCAUCCACUACUAGCUAUUCGGAAGCCAUCCCAUACUGUGGAUACCUUUGCCAACAUUUUGUCACUCUAUAUGUCACCCUUCUCUCCUGCCCAAAUCAGAUUUUUUUGUUUUCCUGGCUGAUAAGGAAAUGAGUCCCUCUUUCUGUCCAUUAUAACCUUUUAAAAACAUAUACAAGAGUCAGCAAGCCAGAGCAUUAUAAUUUUGUCGGUAUUUCCAAGAACAUUUGAUAUUCAAACAAUUUUUAAUAUUAUUUUAUCUUUCUUUUAUUAUCAAUAGGCCAACUGGAGCUCCCCAAGGCUAUUCAUUGCCAUCUAUAACAGAUUCAACAGAGAAGUCUCUCCGGCGAAACAGUCCAUCUCACGAAGGUGGGCGUCUCAGACACCUUGAAGGUCGAGUGAACAUAGGUGAGCAGUCAAACAAAGCCCUCUUAGAGGAACUAGUCCGCUUGCAAGGAGAACUCAAAGGGAGUAUCCGACGCAACGAGGACACUUUGAGAGAAGAACGAGAGGAAAGACUUGUCCUGUCAGAAAAGAUUCAAGCAGCAAAUAACUUAUAUACCCAAAUGAUGAUGCGCUUAUCCCGAGCUGAGGAAAAAAUUGAAUCAGAACACAAUACUGUUGGUUCACUUGUAAACCACACAAAGCAAGUAGAACAAGCUUUAAUGGGAAACCAACAGCAGUUAUUGAGUCGACGAGAACAAAUAACUGUGCAUGUUGAGCGUAUGAGAGAUGACGUGGAGGACCUAAGAGAAAAUUAUGAGCAACUGCAGAAAAAUAUGAGAGCUGUAACUGAUGAUGUGAGAACAAUGAAAAGCAAACAUGAAGUUCAAACUGUUCAGUUUGGAACUGUGGUACAGGAAAUUAGACAAAGAAUAAAAAAGCUGGAAGGCGAUACCAGUAAUGCGGUAAGUAUGUGGACGCUUACGUCAAAAUAAUAAUAAUAAUAAUUGUCUUUAUUCAAUCAAAGGAUAAAAAUACGUAUCCUAAGUUACAGUGAAAAAGUAUUAAAAGAUACAUGAUAUAAUAUAAUAGUAAUAUAAGAUAGAAUAAUACUAUACUAAAUUAUAUUUAAAAAUAAGUCUAUUUACAAAAGUUUUCUUGUAUCUCUCCGUUUUAUCUGAGGAAGGUGACACCUUCUCCUACGCAAAUUAUAUACUAAUUCUUGUUAAAUCUUUUUUAUUUCUCAUUUACAUCUGAUACAAUUCUUGGCCUCCCAAUGGUCCUCCAUAAUUAAGCAUUCUUACUUCCCUCCUUGGGAAUAAAACAACCCAAAAUACAUUUAUUGUUAUUAUGGUUUUCCAGUUGUCUUCAUUAAAUAAACACCGUGACGACCAGGAUACAAAAGAAGCAAACUCAUUUCAGUUCAAGAAUGCCAUUGAAACCAGGUUGGUUAGCAUCACUCUAACCGGAACAGUGGGUAUGAUUAGCAGAGUAGAAUGAGGGUAAGAGUAGUGGGUAAGACAGUUAUAGUGGGCGUUUUGGAGGGUGUUUGUCAAAUAUUAUGUUUUUUCUUUUAAUAGCUUUGUACAUACCACGCAACUGAAAUUUUUGACAAUGUGUGUCAAAUUGUGGAUGGUUAAUAAUCACGAUCAAUUCCCUCUUUGCCAGGGCUAUUUGCUCGGCUUAUAAGUAAAUACAUCCCCAUUUAGUAGAUUUGCAAUGCACUGAAAAACUUUUUUUAACUCUUGGCUAUAAGCCGAGAUCCCCUCUUGGGCUCAAAUUUCACUGUACUUUAGCUUUAAUUUGUGUAAAAAUCGCCCUGCUUAUAGCUGAAUAAAUAUGGUAUACACAACAUAUUAUUUUUUGACUUCUCUUCAUAUAUUUAUGACUUUCAACUUCAUACAGGUUGGCUGAUAUGAAGGAAAUAACCACAGAACUUAGGAGACGAAUUGAAACAGAAGAAAAUGAGAGAAGGGUUNCUCCUUGGGAAUAAAACAACCCAAAAUACAUUAUUGUUAUUAUGGUUUUCCAGUUGUCUUCAUUAAAUAAACACCGUGACGACCAGGAUACAAAAGAAGCAAACUCAUUUCAGUUCAAGAAUGCCAUUGAAACCAGGUUGGUUAGCAUCACUCUAACCAGAGCAGUGGGUAUGAUUAGCAGAGUAGAAUGAGGGUAAAGGUAGUGGGUAAGACAGUUAUAGUGGGCGUUUUGGAGGGUGUUUGUCAAAUAUUAUGUUUUUUCUUUUAAUAGCUUUGUACAUACCACGCAACUGAAAUUUUUAACAAUGUGUGGCAAAUUGUGGAUGGUUAAUAAUCGCGAUCGAUUCGAUCUUUUGCCAGGGCUAUUUGCUCAGCUUAUAAGUAAAUACAUCCUCAUUUAGUAGAGUUGCAAAUUAUGCACUGAAAAACUUUUUUUAACUCUUUGCUUUGAGCCGAGAUCCCCUCUUGGGCUCAAAUUUCACUGUACUUUAGCUUUAAUUUGUGUAAAAAUCGCCCUGCUUAUAGCCGAAUAAAUAUGGUAUACACAACAUAUUAUUUUUUGACUUCUCUUCAUAUAUUUAUGACUUUCAACUUCAUACAGGUUGGCUGAUAUGAAGGAAAUAACCACAGAACUUAGGAGACGAAUUGAAACAGAAGAAAAUGAGAGAAGGGUUACCAACCAACAGAACCAACUCAAGUAGGCAUAUUAAAUAAUGCUCAAAUGUUUUUCGCAAUAGUAAUUGAAGUGACGUAACUAUCUCGCCCCAGUCAUUCAAAAGGAGGAUAACACUAUGGAGUGUAUUAAUAUCUAUAAUUCAGAGGAUAGUGCUAUUGGUUUCUCUAAUACUUGUCCUUUGGAAAGUGAUUUAUGCAGUAGAUAGCCUUACCCAGCCAGGGCCAGGUGUUUUCUAGAAAAGAUUUUAUAGACCACGUUCUCCUUUUCAAAAUCAAUAUAGCUUGGUGCUUUUUGAACUCACCUAUUAAUGACCGAUGAUAACAACUAUUGUUGUUUUGUUUUAGCCUUGAGCAGCUAAGAGCUUUUGUACAAGAAAGCAACAAUAAACGGGAGGAAGAAAUGUAUGCGAGUGCUAUGAAUUCAAAGGAGAGAGAAAACCUACUUGAGAAUGAACGAACCAUGAUUGCCAGUAAACUUGCAGAACUUUCUGAAGAGCAAAGCAAAAAGAUGCUGCAAAAAGAGAUAAGACUAAGAGAAGAUGCUCAAUCCAAGUUUGUACUGUUAGAAAAGGUCUGUAAACCAAUGUUCUCUUCAAUUCCCCACUUUGGAAAUAUGACGGGAACUGAAGCCGAAAUGUGUCCCGCAAUUAUUGUUUCGAAUGCAGCGCUUGUCAGCUUUUAGCAAAUUUUUUCCCUGUCCCUAGCUGGUACUUAACAGUCCCAGAAUUUGUGAAAGUGACAAAUGUGUCAUAAAGUUCCAGUAUUCAGGCCACACCCUAGUGUCCUCUAUGGAGGGGAAUUAGUUCUCUUUUACAUGUAGGCUUUGGUAUUUCUUUCAGAAAAUUUGAAAUUAGACUUCCCUCCACUCAAAACUUCCAAUGAUCAUUCGCAGGAGGAUGAAAGAUUGGUAGUUACAACUAAAAUCAGAUUAAACAGCUCAACUAUUUUUAAAAUUAUAAGUAUCAGUCAUCCCUAGAGGGGAGGGGGGAAGGGGAUACUGAACAAAGACAAGAGGCUCCUACCCGAGGUCCAACCCCUAACCCUUUUAGGAUCAAUUUUGGUUUCUGGGAAACUAUCCACCUACCCCUCCCCUAAGCCAUCAUUUUACCCUAAGCAAGAAGUAAGGGUUAAUGUUAGCCAAGGGGAGGGGUAGGUGGGUAGUUUCCCAGAAACCUUUUGAUCCCCCUUUAACAUAGCAUUUUUUAAAGGUGCCCCUUUUGUCCACCUUGUAUUGAAAAACUGUACCCCUCUAACAUACCUAAAUACUUAAAUGAUAGAUAUCCUACCCCCUUUCAUAUACUUCAACUUGUGAAUUCCCUACUCUUUGAUAUUAUACCUGAAGCCUGAAAAAGGUAGUAACCCCUUUUCGGUUGCCGAGCCUCCCUGUAUAGGCCAUUAUAAGGAGUACCUCCCUCUGGACAAUCAACCAGCUGCUGUCAGUAAUUUUUGGGGUCAGUAGUGGUUUCAUUUGUUGGCUCUUAAUUAGCCUGUGAACAGGCUCUCUGUUUGGGGAAAGGGUGAAAAAAUCGCCCUUCCCUCUCCUCGCGAUUUGUUCACCCUUUUCCCAAACAGAGAGGCUGUUCACAGGCUAGCUCCUAAUGUGUAAUAGUGUUAACAAAUCAUUUAACAAUUCAGUCAAUCUCUUUUUGUCGUUGUCAGAAAUUACGCGAGGAACAGGCCGCAAGACUGGUGUUUGAACGAUCAAUAAGAGAGGAGAUGGAGAGACGUUGGCAGUCACUGAAAGGUUAUACUGAUGAUGAGGCACAAACCUUGCGACAUUCAGAACAGGUGAUCUACAAUGUUUUGUUUUUAAAGGGGAUAUAUAUGUCAUGCUAUUUGCUAUCUUUAUAAAAAGCUAACACGUGUCUUUGCAUGAAUAAUAGCCCAGUUUUGUUAUUUAAGGCCAUAUUUUGGCAUUUAAAGAGCCUGUUCCAGGCGUUCAAUUAGUAGACCGCGGCGGUCAGUGGGGGGUGUAUUCCUCCCCCUUUCCCCUUCUAGUCUUCCCUCAUUCUUUUUCUUCGUGAAUUUUUCUCCGUGCUCUACCAUCUGAAUGUCAUCUGUUGCUAUGGAUGGACAUGGAUUGAAAAACGUGAAAAAAUUGGGCCAACUUUUUCAAGUUUUAAUGCCAUGCCUCUACAAGUCACCAAAAUAUUGUUAUUGUUAGUGUUCCCCACCGAAAAUUUUUUGAUGUCUUAAUUCUUCUUAAAUAACGCCUGGGCACCCAAUGACUGUUUUCUGUGAAAUAUCUGUUCGGAGAAGCAAAAAUUGCCUAGAAUUUUCUAUACCUUAAGCAAGGCUAAAAAUUUCUAGGUGAACGUUCCAUUCAAGUCCAAUUUUCGAAGCUUGUCUAAAAAAAUUCCCUAUGAUUUUCUGAAGUUUAAUUUUUCCCCUCUCACUCCCCAAGCUAUUUUUCAUAGGAAAAAGAAACCUAAAAUUUUCGUUACCUAAAAUGCGAUGCAGAGAGGAAUCAGAAAAAUUCUCACUUUCAUAAAACUUCAAAUUGCAGCUAAAAGUUCCAGGAAAAUAAUGCUGAAUUUGUAAGAGUCGAGACUCAAGUUGUCCUAGGAUGACCCAACAGAUAAAUUUUUUUUAGCACCACCUAGAGUACAUUCUUAGAGAUCUAAAAGUACUCUGGAUAGCCUAAAAAAGUGUUUUCAAUGCAUUUAGGAGGAAACCGUCGUUGGAUGCCCCUGAUAUAUAGGAGCAUUUUGUGUAUUCAUCAAUGCACUAGGGCUUACUAAGCAAUGACUUCAGCACAGAAUUGGCCUAAAACAGCAGUAUCGUCGUGGCGUAGCGCCUUCCAGUUUAAGCUACAGCUGUAUGUUAAGCUGAAAAUGGAAAUAGGAUACUACUGACAUAAUAAGACGGGUGUUACUAUCUGUCUCUGUAACUGGGCAAUCUCUUCUUUCAGUUGGCCCAAGCGAGAACUGACCAGAGCCUUGCACGUCUGAAUGAGUCCAUAUCUUUAUUGGAAAGACAAAUGGAGGAAGGAAGAAAGGGAAUUGAAAAGGUGUUACAUGCCGAGAUCACAUCAAGGUAAAUAUAAUAACAUUUCCUAGCCCGAUUAAANAUGCUGAAUUUGUAAGAGUCGAGACUCAAGUUGUCCUAGGAUGACCCAACAGAUAAAUUUUUUUUAGCACCACCUAGAGUACAUUCUUAGAGAUCUAAAAGUACUCUGGAUAGCCUAAAAAAGUGUUUUCAAUGCAUUUAGGAGGAAACCGUCGUUGGAUGCCCCUGAUAUAUAGGAGCAUUUUGUGUAUUCAUCAAUGCACUAGGGCUUACUAAGCAAUGACUUCAGCACAGAAUUGGCCUAAAACAGCAGUAUCGUCGUGGCGUAGCGCCUUCCAGUUUAAGCUACAGCUGUAUGUUAAGCUGAAAAUGGAAAUAGGAUACUACUGACAUAAUAAGACGGGUGUUACUAUCUGUCUCUGUAACUGGGCAAUCUCUUCUUUCAGUUGGCCCAAGCGAGAACUGACCAGAGCCUUGCACGUCUGAAUGAGUCCAUAUCUUUAUUGGAAAGACAAAUGGAGGAAGGAAGAAAGGGAAUUGAAAAGGUGUUACAUGCCGAGAUCACAUCAAGGUAAAUAUAAUAACAUUUCCUAGCCCGAUUAAACAGCCGACAUUUGGUGACGCUACCACUGGUUUCCCCGCAAAAUGACGUCUGAGCAACAAACACAGAAAUUCCUAACUGAUGACGCGUCACUACCCAGAUCUGGGUAGUGCCUCUGGUUGGUCGUGCCGCGUGGAAAUUUGCUUCAACCAAUCAGAAGCACUACCCAGGUGUGCGAUAACAUUUCAGACACUUGACUUUUUUUUGUGCUAGAGUGGCUCAGUUUACGUGCAUGUUUGUGAUCGAGCCAAUAUUAAGCUCAUAUUUGACAGAUUUCUUCGCAGUGGUUUCAAGUUUAUUUUUUGUUCAAGUAAAUUAUAACUAUUUAAAGGAGAGCUACGCUUUUAACCUUGGCUAAAUCUAUAUAUUAUCUCAUUAUUUUGCGUUUUCUAUCACCUUAUAUCCAGACAGUCCCAAAGUGAUAAACUGUCCAACAGAUGCAACCAGCUGCAGGAGAAACUCAACAUGGCGAUCAGUACAUUGCAACAAGCGCUGGCGGGAAUCAACUCACAGGUCGCUGAGACUGUGGAAAAGGUAAUUGAUUAAAGGGGUGGGGCAUGCAGAGGUGGUAGAUACUGGGUUCUAGUCUCACAUUUAGGCCUCGUCCACACGUAUCCGGAUUUUUUUGAAAACGGAGAUUUUUUUUUCUCUGUUUGCGAAAAAAUUCGCGUCCACGCGUAGGGUAUUCGGAUAUAUUUUUCGCCCGUUCACAGGAAAACGCUAAAAGGAUGGAAGUACGAUAGCAUCUCUCACAGAGCAUGCCUAAUGCUUGCCAUAUAUGAUGCAUGACAUCAUCAUAUUCGAAAACCUUCGUUUUUAGGGCCUGUUUACACUUAGGUGGGAGACCCCAGGCAGGUGAGGUAACCCGUGGCGGGUCACCCAAACAGGCCCUUAGUCCAUCUGCACGUAAACGAAAAGCCGGCGUUUCUAAAAAUUUCCAUUCUGGAGUGCAUUUUUGAAAUGAUGUGUUAACGAUGACCGUUUUCACUGGAUACAUGUGGACGGUGAGCCAAACCGGAGAAAGAAAAUCUCCGUUUUCAGUCAAAAACGUAUACGUAUGGUCAGGGCCUAAAACUUCAUGUAAAUGCUUUUUUUAAAAUUAAUGUUUGGCUUAACAGUGAACUUCGCUUUCCUUUUUGAGAAGGUAUUCUUCAACACAUGUUAUCUGGCCAUUAUAGUCUAGAUCGAGUGCUAUAAAGAAUAUCUUGUGUUCUGUUUGGAUUUAAGACAAAAGAGGAGCUGAAGUCAUUGAUGGACAAAAACAACAACUCAGGGGUCAAAGGACUGGCUGAUGUUGAUACAAGGCUAAAGAAGCUGAAUAAGAGAGUUGCAGAUUUGGAGGAAGCCAUGAGAAAACUUGAAAAGGUAUGGAGUCUUAUAAGCUGUGCAGAAAAACGAAGACAAAAUGACCAAAUUCGUGGCUAGUUGGUGGUUGAUCAGCUUUGUAAAAAACAACGUUUUCGUUAACUAUGGAAGGGAGCUGAAGCAACGACGACUGCGACGGCAACGGGAACGGCAAAAAAAACAUUAGGUUUAUAUUAGCAAAACAACAACUUUGCACGUGCAUCACGCUUUUUUCUACAUUUCUGAGCUGUUGUUGCACGACUGCAACGUGAAAGUGCCUUAUUUCACGUUUUGUCGAGGACGGGAAUACAAGAAAUCAACUUUCUUUUUCUUUUCCUGAACGUUGAUACAGUCUUUUAGAAUUCAACUCCAAAAACAUUUGAUGAAUUAAACGCGAGAUGGAAUAAGCGUGAUUAAGUUUGAAGCACCGCGAAUUCACUUUUUUAAGUGACGUUUUUGUAGCCGAUACCGUCGUUGUUGCUUAGAGCUCUCGACGUUUUAUGACGUUUUGAAGGUUAAAAAAGCUAGUAAAUUCAAAAAGUAUUUUGAUUAGUACUGCUAUGUAGCUUGUUCUGAAACGCUUUUUCAUUCCCGUUUUAAUCUCCCCCCCGCCCCACCCCCUUGUUUAGGAGCCCUCAUUCAAUAAGCCCCAGAAGCUCAUUCAAUAAGCCUCAAGGUCUCUAUUUGAGCUUCCUCGCCAGAAAAAUACUUUUAAUUCUCUUACUUAUAAUUCACGUCUCUUUAAUCUUUAAAUAACAUUUUUGUAAUAAAUUGAAUGUCUGUAUGUAUAUGUAUUUUUUUUUCUGGCAAACAGUUAAACUGAAAGUGAAAACUAAAACCCCUUACGAAGUAGUAUAAGCCCAUGAAAACUGGUUAUGAGCAGUUUCUCCCCACCUGAAAUACGCAUGUUUUAUGCUCUUAGAAGAGAAAAGAAACAGAUGUCGUUCUUCUUGUGAUAAAAAGUAAAAUUUUAAAAACGCUUUAAAUCAUUUAGUUCUUAAAAAAUAUUUUUGUCUUUGUUACGAUUUCAGAAACGAACAAUGCAACUGAAAACUGUUAGUGGCUCAUUUAAAUUAUGUUUUUUUUUUCCGAAUUCACGCAUUAACUUUGUGUUUCGAAAUAAAUAGAUAAACAAAUAAAUAAAUAAACAAAUUUUAACUUUUGAUAGUAGAAUUCCAGUCGAGAAUUAACAAAAUUGGCACUGAUAAAUGCAAAAAUCAUUAGAGGCAAAUUCAACUUAAAAUAAUCAUUAAUCAAUUGAAUACUUUCUAAGUUUUACUUAUUUUAUAACAUGACUAACUUUAAGCCUUUUUGUGUUGAUUGUAAUGUGCAGAUUACGCUUGUUGGCCGAACACAAGAGGUAAAAUCUCAUUUCAAUCAAUAAUUCACUGAGAAUUAAUAGCAAGCACCCCACGUGAUUAAUUUGACCAUUUACACACUGCAUCUGAAAAAUAAAGGCAAAAAAAAUGCACGUGCUAAAAAGAUUUAAACAGCACAAUACCUUAACACUUCGCAGUUAUACUCCUACAAAAAUGGGUCUACACUAGUAUGUGGUAAACGCCGUGUAAAGAUGUAUUUGUGUAUCUAGCACAAUACACAUUCAACAUUAGUUUAAAAAAUCACUAGAAAUUAACGUCUUUUUACUCACGAGGAAAGUAGUAAGUAGUAAGCAGUAACUCUAGUUGCGUUUCCUACGAUAAAAUGCAUAUAAUAAAGGGGUGACUUCUGCUCAGUUUAAUAUUACCCUUUUAGGGGUGUACUGUAUUCUGCAGUUACCUCUUCUUGAAAUCGAAGUUUGAAUUGAGGUAAUGUCGUUCGGUCCAAAGAACCGUUUGCUAGAAUCGCGUGCGGUCCCCAGGAAUAUUCAUCCUCCAUUUCAAAAAUAGUGCGAAUGGGAAUAAAAGAAAAUAUCGCGAAAUUUUUUGUUUUGGUUAGUUUGCUUAAGGUCCCGUUAUAUUGUAAACAAUAACUGUUAAAUAAUUGUUCACUGUACUUCUCUACAGCUCGGAAAUUCUGACCAGGAGGAGAGAAACAGGAGGUUAGGGGAGGUAGCUGGUUGGAAAGAGGAUACUGACCAACAGUUUAGAGAUGUUGAAGAUAAACUAAGGCCUUUACCGGAUGAGGUUUGUGAUAUGUUUAUCAAAGUUGAAAAUACAGACGUUUAGAUGCUAAGACGAAGAUGACUAUGAGAGAGAGAUUUUCUCAAUACUGAGUAGUGCGCGUGCGUGAAUUUGCGUUAUUUUUGCGGGAAAACGUGGUAGCCGUCGUAAUUCUACUACGAGUGUUAGCGAGAUUGAGAUUGUCGUAGAAGCAGACAAAAGUUAUCAGAUGUUCAUAGUUUUAUCCUUUUGGGAUGGUGAUAAGGCUUUACUUCAAUCAAUAAAAAUAACCGUGUUAACUUUUCUGGUGAAAAAAAAGUUACAUGAAUCUUUGCGUGUUCGUGUCUGCAUUAUGACAAUCCUCGAAAAAACUUUAAGUCAAUCUCGUCCUCCACGUCUUCGAAUCAAAAGAUCUCUAAUAUUAAACAGUCGUCCACAGGACAAUGAUCCUUGUCCGACGAAAUCUUAAGUGUUGUCGGACAUGACGUCUAGCCAAAGUUAAUAUCAAAGACUAUCUUUUUCCAGAUGAAUAAAAACUACCUUAAUUACGUGCGGAUUGUCCUACCAAUGAAAUAGCGUUGUUGUAGUGCUGUUUUGGCAUUCAUUGCAUAGUAGAAAUCUGCUUGAAAUAAAAUAUUCUGAUGUAUUUAGCUUUCAAGUGGUCCAAAAAUCAUAGUUCAAGAGAUUUGUGACAAAACCUUUCAGUAUUCUUAUUCCGGAAUACAAUCAAAUGUAGUACGCACCGUAUUCCCGCGCCUAUCUUUCACAAUUUUCGUUAAAGCUGCAUAAUUAAACUUCGAUAGGCUGACUUAAUGGUGACUUAGCCUGACAUAUGUCUUUGUCUCGUCAGCGUAGUGUGUUUGCUGUGUCUGGUCAAAGCAAGUUUAUUGUAUUGCCUUGAAGCACACGCCCUACCGUACGUCAUUAGCGUGCUUUAGGAGAAAUCAUGCAUUGCGACGCCGUUGAAACAAAUUUUUCUUUUUAUUUUGCAUUUCUGCUGAAAUUGUUGUUUAUUAUUUUCUGACAUUGUAGAUUGCUGAACUCCGGAGCCAACUUGCGGCACUAAAAGCUGAGCUCGAAGCGAAGGAGGAGGCCGAAAGAAGAAAAGCAGAAGAGUAAGUAUAAUUAAUUUUAAGGGGGUUAAGAGUUAUGGUUUGGAUAUUUUGGGACUGAUCUUCCUUAAAACGUAAAUGGAUAAAUUCUGCCUGGUUUGUCUUCAGACGUCAGCCCACACCGCCGGCACAGGAACCCCAACCUGAACCUGAGCGUGAACCUGAAGAAGCCAAUCAAGAGGAGGACACAGGAGACCUGCGAAACAAGGUGCAGAAACUCGAGGAGGAUGUACAGCAAGUAAGUUAUCACAAAGUGUCUUCAUACAUUCCACUAUGUUGUUUGCUUUCACGCUAGUUUAUAACGAAACCGGGACUAUCCCGGCGGCCCUUUUAACUGGCUUUAAUUUUUACUAUCAUAAGCUGCAUUGAUGGAUUUUUCAAUUCCAGACUUCUUCACAAGUAGCUAAGCUGGAAAAUACUGUGGAGACAUUACGGACGGUUUUGACGCAGAAAAUACUGUCAGAGGCACAGACGGUAAGCUGCCAUAUUAAACUAAACUUUCUGUAACUAAUUUGGUUCUUUUGUGGCUCGGCUAUCCUGAUGGUAUCCUUCUUUGGGCAUUAUUGAUGUUAUUAUAUUUAUUUAUUAUUUGUUUGUUUGCCUAUCAGUAUAUCUACUUAUUUAUAAAAAUUUCCUUUUAGAGUUUUUUAAUCCUCUCAUGUGACGGUCAUCCAUGUUGUGGUUUUCAUUUUGAGUUAUUGAAUGUUUAAUGACAUUCUCUUUGGAGUUUUGAAGUGUUUUGACAAAAGAGAGGACCUAUGCGAACUUAGUGACCAAGAACCUUACAUUUAAGACCCUGUGGAGCACAAGCGUGACUUCCACAAAAUCGUUCGAAUCCCCUCGAUUAUUGGGACGAUUGUGAUGAUCAAGAGAAUCGAGACGACUGUUUUGCAACCAGUCAGUAAACAGACUUCAGUUCUAUUCAGGCGAUUGCGAUCCACCCAGUCGUCUGGAUCGUGCUGCAUCUUAUCAGAAAUCAGUGAAUUCCGGAAGAUUGUCUCAAUCGUCGGAGCAUUUUUUGGGAGGACUCGGGUGAUCGAGACAAUCUUUUACAAACCUAGUCGUCUGGGUCGUCUGGCGUCAGAGGUGUUUUUAUAAGAAUGUCUCGAUCGUCUGAACACGUUUUGAGUGGAGUUGGGUGAUUAUACGGAAAACAGCCUUACGACGAAACAGUUUCUCUUUCAGAAAAAUCAGAGGUAAAGGAAAAAUCAGGGGUAAAGGGGAUCUAUUUCUACAGCUGGUUGUGUAGUUAUUGUAUCGAUCGUGAAUUGCUCACAGCAUGUUGCUUUGGAAGCGCUUUUUUAAGACACAGAUUACUAACUGUAACAUUUUGGCUCACUCUAUUUUAGUUUGAAGAAUCCAUUUGUUGGUCAAUACACCCUGUAGUUUAUUGUAAUGUUAGAAUUAAGCUGAUUGUGCAAAAUGUAACUGUAGAUUUCUCUUAUAACCUCAGUUUAAUUUUGGUUGUACGAGUCACUUUCUCUAGCUCCGACGGAUGUCCAUCAUUACAUAGUGAUUUGUUUUGAAGUGCGUAGUAUACUGAUGUAUUGUUUCUACCACACUGAACAGCGAGGCGACUCUAUUACAGAACUGAGGGAGCAGUUAGACCGGAUAAAGUCCAGUAUGUUGUUUGUUGCUCAAACCGUGUGUAGUAGUGUCAUGUUUGACUAUGCAGUUGUGUUGUUGUUGCUUUCGUUAUCUUCAGCAUUCACUUGUUGUCUGAUGAACAAAGUGAUGUCCAAAGUUUGACAAAAGUGUUCUUGGGUCCUUGUAAACUUUAUUGCUUAGUAUAGAAAACUAAAACCCUUUUUCUGGAACUUUACGGUAAACAAAAUAAAACGAUUGACAUGAAAUAUUGUGAAUUAAGUUUUAGGGCAAUCUUUUUCUCAUGAAGCGCUUAUUUCCUGUUAACAGAAAAAAAAUAAAAGGAUACAAAAAAAGAUCACUGAACGUUAAAGAUACCUGUAUUUUCUAAACGAUAAAUCUUUUGAUUUCUUCCAAACAAAGCAAGAACCUAACUAUCCUAUAAAAUCUGGGGUAAAAUAUUACUUAACAAGCUCGCUGAUAUACCAACUGGUCUAACUUUGUGAAAAUUAACACUCUUUUGGAUUUGUAAAUGCGAUAAUUCUAUCGAUCAACUAAAUUUACGUAGUUUCGACUCAAAAAAAUGUCCAAGGGAAUGAACUUUAUGAAAGUGAAUGUGUUCCUCGCAAAUGAAUGAAAAACCUUAGCGGAAUAACCUAUGAUGCUGUAAUGAAUAAGAGAAAGAUAACGACAGGUAGGAUUUCUACACUACGGUUAGAGCGCUGAUUAAAUUACAAAUCUGUGCUUAAAAGGACAUGUUUAAAUAAGUGAAAAAAGAUUCCGAAAAUCCUUCAAAUGUAAAAAAUUGUUACAUCAUUGUGUUCUUGAUUAGUUAAUACUUAGCCAAAAAGGACAAUCUCUCCUAACAUUAACAAGUGAAUUUGCCUGCUUUUUUCAACGAUUAAUUUAAGUGUUAGCUAAGUGAAUGCAAUGUUGUUUCAGUAAACCUCGGUACUUUCACGGGCCUUUUAAACCUUUAACCAGGAAGGCAAAGUUGUAAAGUUCUGCACGGUCAUGCUCGGCUGUGACCCAUCAUUCCACGUUUUAUCUAGUUAACGAUGGUGGCUAAUUUUUGCAGAAAAGUUUGUCAAGUGGUUGUCAUAAAAGUUGUAAAUUUAAAAGUUGAAUUGUUCAUUCAGCUAGCUGCUUUAAGUGUAACAGUUUCCUUGUUGUAAAAGACUACAUAGCUCUAACUACCGUGAAUUUUUAAAGGUACAUGUUGCAUAUAAAGUACGCUUAAGUUGCGGAAUAGAUAUAACGUGAGAGAGAAGCAAAGCGUGUACUUGAGGAAGUAACAUUUGUAAACUAGCCGUAAAGGUUAGAAACCUCCAAACAAGCGAACAAAACAGCCAAAACGUAAUUAAUUUAAAAUGUGUUUAGGAAUGGCGCUGUCCAUACUUUGAGUUUGUUCCAGUUUUUAUGUAAUUUAUAACUUACUUUAAUGUUUAAUAUAUUUUGUAAAAUUUGUUUUUUCCUUUCACAGUGAUCGGACCGGUGCUAACUUACUUUAACAUUAAACGUUAACUUGUAUUUAAUUAGCGUUAAAAUCUGGUUCUUCCAAUUUUCAAUUCUCCCAUUCUUAAAUUGAAAGAAGGUAAAAUUACAAAUCUUAACAUGAAGUAAAGUGCUUAGUCCUUAAAGAAUAAAGAAACUGUUUGCAUUUAAACAGGUUUUAGCAGGUAAAUUCCUUAAGUAAUAUUGGUGUUCUCUAUCAAAAAAGUUGAUUCCCUAGUUUUGCACUGCGCAUGUCACUCCAUACGACGACGGCCACGGCAACGAGAACGUCAAAAAAGAAAUAGGUCUAGAAUAGCAAAACAACAACUCUGCGCGUGCAUCACGCUUUUUGUACAUUUCUUCGCCGUCACUGCACGACUACGACGUGAAACGUCCUAGUUUCACAGUUUUUAUGGAGGGCAGGAACACAUGACAACGAUUUUCUUUUUAUUUUUGUGAACUUAGAUACAGUCCUUUAGAAUUCAACUCCUGAAAAAUUAAGUUCAAAGAGUUGCAAUAAAACAGCGCGAAUUCACCGUUGCCGUCGUCGUCGCUUAAGCUCCCUAUGGAAAUGAGGACGGUGACGCCUUCUCUCUGUACUAUGACGCUUUUAACCAUUUCUUGACUUGUGACAACCUUGUAGCAAGCGGUUUAUUAGAAAAUCAAUGACAUGCUGUUUUACUAGAGAAUCAACUUUUCAGGGUAUUUAAAUGUGAGAUUGCCAGGAAGAGGGAGAUGUCAGUGUGAAGGAAGGCUUGGAAUACGUGCAGAGUUAUAUUGUAUUCCUUCGAUUUCAUCUCUCCUUCCUGUCUUCUCUCCCCCACCCCUUCUCGUUGCUCUCUUUAAACCGUUUUGGGUUCUCAAUAGUGGGUAGAUUGUUUGAUUAUGCGGACGCCGGGCUUCAACAACGUUGAGCACGAUUAGAGCAAACUCUUCACGCAAAUUGCGAAAUUUGUUGGGCGCCUCCGUUUUCCAUUAUUUGAGAGCCCGAAACGUAAUUGUGAUUGUAAUGGUUUGCUGGCAUCUCGCAACCGAUGUUUUUCACUGUUGAGACUGACUGAAACCUCAUAAAAGAACUGCUGUAGGCCAUUAAUUAGAACCACAAUGUGCAAAGUAAAAAAAAAAAAAAAACAGGAAAGUGUCGGCCGGGGUUCAGAUGCACGCAAAGAAUGCAAUAGUCAUUUUCAGUCUAUUUAGCUGUGCCUUAUGUUACGUCUUUAUUUGGAGAUCUUUAAAUUUAGGCAUGGCCUAGGGACAGGCUAUAAAACAUAAUGACAAGUUUAUCACUCUUUUGUUUGAAUUUGUUUUCAGCGGAGUGACGCCGUCGAUUUUAUUGAGGAGGAUAUCAAUGGAAUUAUCAAGUUUUACCUACAAGACUCUCGACGCGUGUUCGUCAAGUACGGUCGAGAUUCAAAGGUGUUCCAAGCAAUAGAAGUGAACGGCCUUGGAAGAAUGCGAGUCGCUCUGCUGAAAAUUAACAGAUGGGGAAUCUAUCAGGCUUGGCGUAUGCACAGCGUGAAACAAGCGUGGUAUCGGCUGCUGGAAAAUAAGGAAAGAAGAGAAAGGGAAGAGGAAGAAGGGUCUACGCCUAAGGCUUCUACUAGCAAACCCUUGCCUGCUAAAAAGGCGGAAGACAGUGAAGACGAUGAUGGUGAUGAUGAUGAUGACGAUGAUGAUGACGACGACGAUGAUGACGAUGAUGACGACGACGAGGACGACGACGACGAUGAUGAUGAUGAGGACGAAGAUGAGUCGAGGCCUGCAACUAAAAAGGCCGCUGCUAACAGGAAAGGAAAAAAAUGAAGAGAUGAAAGGAAAAAAAUGAAAGGAAAAAAAUGAAGAGAUGAAAGGAAAAAAAUGAAAGGAAAAAAAUGAAGAGAUGAAAGGAAAAAAAAUGAAAGGAAAAAAAUGAAGAGAUGAAAUUAGAUUAGCUAUAAGUAACCUACCGGCAGUUUAGUACUGUAUAAAGAAAAUGCCACAAACUCAUACGUUAUUAGUUUAGUGGUGUAUAAAGACAAUGCUCUUAACCCAUACGUUGUUGAUUUAAAAUACCCGCACGUAUAAACUCGUCCCAGUGCAAAGAUAACGUUUAUUUUCAUCGACAGACGAAGCAACUGGUAAAGUUGAAUCCGGUACCAGGCACCUGACAGAUGUUUAUACUUAAAACAUUUGAAGUAAUUUUGUAUAACGUAAUGUGCUCUUUUGUGAGCGUCAUCGUUCUCGGAUGCCUCCUUUCCCCUCCGCAGGGACUCCCCCUACAUAGUAAUAAUUUAAAACUGUAAUCGCGCGGUGGACGAUAGGAAGAGAGAAAAGGCGGGAGCUUCCGCUCUUUCCCCUUUCCCAUCGUCCCCCGGGCGCUUUCAUUUUUCCCGCCUCUCCCCAGCCUCCCUAGGGUACCAAGAGGCCUUUGCGGACGAGAGAGGGAUGCCUCGUAGAGAAACCCCUUUCGGUGUGGUUGAUCAUGUGUCUAGGGAAAUUCAUAAGG